UUCGUUUUGUUUGGUUAGUUGUCUCCUAAACUUUGUGUUGUGUGGAUCGUCGAAUGAGUGAGACUAGCCGGUGUGACCGAAUCGAUGUAGUAGUAGUGUGGUUUUUAAUAAGGAGAUUCCUCACUAUAGAGUUGAAAUAACGUGCACACGAUGCUAAUUGCUGUGAUAUUUUCCAUAUUCGUUCAACUCGGCUCGUCCGAAAUACACAGGGGUGGUAUUUUGUACCCAAGAAAUACAGAGACUCGUCAAGUGAUCUCAUUAGAUGGACUUUGGAAUUUCAUAGUUCCGAAUGUGACCAAUCCUUUUGUCGGUUUUGAGAAUCAUUGGUACAGAAGGAGUCUUAAAGAGGUUCUUAACUUUGAUGUACAAUUGAUGCCAGUACCUGCUAGUUAUAAUGACAUUACGACUGAUUCGAGAAUAAGAGACCACGUAGGAUUAGUCUGGUAUGACAGAUUUUUCUUUGUUCCCAAAAGUUGGGAGCAAACGGAAAGAGUGUGGAUAAGAUUUGGAUCCGUUUCCUAUGCAGCCCAAGUAUGGAUAAAUGGCGAACUAGUAAUGAGUCACGAAAUAGGCCACUUGCCAUUUGCUGCAGAAAUUACAAGUUUUGUUAAAUUUGGAAAGGAGAAUUUGAUUACAGUGGCAUGCGAUAAUACGCUAUUACCUGACACCAUACCACAAGGAAAGGUUGAAGAAUUAGUAAGCGGAAGACUGGAUCAAACCUACACUUUUGACUUUUUCAACUAUGCAGGUAUCGAUCGACCGGUCUUUUUAUACACAACUCCCAAAACUUACAUCGAUGACAUUUCCAUAGCUACGGUAGAUGUUAAAGAAAAUAUUGCGUUACUGGAAUACAAUAUUACGGUCGUUGGAGACAACAGUUUGUCAUCUAAAAUUUGUCGCGUGAGUCUUAUAGACAAAACCCGUGCAGUUGCAUUCUCCAGUCAAGAUACUUGUGGAUUUUAUGGAGUUAUGAAGAUCGAGAAUCCUAAUCUAUGGUGGCCUUAUCUUAUGCAUGAUGAACCUGGAUAUUUAUACAGUUUUCAGGUAGAUUUAUUAGAUAAGGAUCUCAGUCCAGUAGACCAGUAUUUUCUACCGGUAGGUAUAAGAACGCUAACGUGGACAAACAGUUCCUUUUUGAUAAAUAACAAACCGUUGUAUUUACAUGGAUUCGGAAGACACGAAGAUUCAGAUAUUAGAGGUAAAGGUUUGGAUCUUCCAUUAGUGAUCAAAGAUCACAAUUUGAUAAAAUGGAUCGGCGCAAAUGCCUACAGAACGUCACAUUAUCCUUACGCUGAGGAAAUUAUGGACAUCGCCGAUGAAAUUGGAAUAAUGAUUAUUGAUGAAUGUCCAAGUGUUAACACAGACCUCUUUACUAAUUCAUUGUUGGCAAAACAUAAAAUUUCGUUGACAGAAUUGAUAAAACGAGACAAAAAUCGGCCAGCUGUGAUUUUGUGGAGCGCCGCCAAUGAACCUAGAACUGCUGCACCAGCAGCUAAAAACUAUUUCAAAGAAAUUAUUCAACACAUAAAAUCCUUGGACAAAUCUAGACCGACUACUAUCGUGGAGGCUCAGAAUUUUGCAGUAGUUGAGUCGUCCAGCUUUGUUGAUAUAAUCAGCUUCAAUAGGUACAACGGUUGGUACCAAUAUGAAGGAGAUAUUGACGUUGUUUCGUACUACGUCAUAAAAGAGGCAGCAUCUUGGCAUGAUAGGUUUAAAAAGCCUGUUAUUAUGCAGGAAUAUGGAGCUGACACCAUGGAGGGUCUUCAUUUCUUGCCCGCGUAUAUUUGGUCUGAAGAAUACCAAAUGAACGUAAUGUCAGAACACUUUAAGGCAUUUGAUUAUUUAAGAAGCCAGGGAUUCUUCAUAGGAGAAUUUAUAUGGAAUUUUGCUGAUUUUAAGACUGCUCAAACUUACACGAGAGUUGGAGGGAACAAAAAAGGAAUUUUUACCAGAAAUCGACAACCAAAAUCGAGCGCAUUCCAUUUAAGGCGAAGAUAUUGGGGGCUAGCUAAAGAAUAUAACCCGAAUGUAACUUUACCGGAUGAUCUGAACUCACCCUACACUGUCCGAGUAUCCCAUCGUCAUACAGAACUGUGA